AUGCCAUCUCUAAAGCGCCCUCAAGCGUCCCUACGGACCACAGACUCUGAUGAGGAGAGCGAAUCGGAUGUCUCCUCUGCCCCUCCUUAUGCGCAAAAACGCAUUCGGAGAUCGAACUCCCCGGCCACAGAUGACAGCAGUGGGACCAGUGCCGACGACGAUGAAGGACUCGAUCCUGGCUUGAUAAACGAGGCUCUUGGCGAUGAAGAAGAUGAUUUGGAGCUACGUGCGACGCAAGUGAUUCAGGAAAAGUACUCUUUUGCCAGUGAUGAGCCAAACGUGCCUGCUGAGCAUGGCAUCCUUGAGCGGGUGGAAUGCUAUAACUUCAUGUGUCAUGAUCGCUUCUAUGUCGAGCUAGGUCCGCUGAUAAAUUUCAUCGUUGGAAAGAAUGGCAGUGGGAAAAGUGCAGUUCUUACUGCCAUCACACUCUGCCUCGGUGGGAAAGCAUCCGCCACGAAUCGAGGCCAGAGCUUGAAAAGCUUCAUCAAAGAAGGCAAAGAGACGGCUACAAUCGUUGUACGAAUUAAAAAUCAAGGCGAUGGUGCAUAUAUGCCGGACGACUACGGGAAAUCAAUCGUCGUAGAACGCCAUUUUUCGAAGAACGGCACCAGUGGCUUCAAGAUAAAAGCCGAGAACGGACGCAUAGUUUCUACCAAAAAGGCAGAGCUGGACUCCAUUAUUGACUUUUUCACUUUGCAAUUCGAUAAUCCGAUGAAUGUGCUCUCACAGGACAUGGCUCGUCAAUUUCUUAGCUCAUCAAGUCCUGCUGAGAAGUACAAGUUCUUCGUAAAGGGGGUCCAGUUAGAACAACUUGACCAAGACUAUCGACUGAUCGAGGAGUCGGCUGAUCAGAUAGAAGAAAAGCUCAGGAGCAGAGAACAAGACAUUGCGAUCUUGAAAAACCGCAGGGAUGUGGCAAAACAAAAGCUUGAUAUAUCUGACCAACACGAGUCUCUCCGGAAUCGGCUACGGAAUACCCGAAGUCAGAUGGCUUGGGCGCAAGUUGAGGAGCAAGAGCAGAUGAAAAGCUCCCUGGACGAUGAACUCGCUCGCUCCCGCGAUAGAGUAACAGCCGCUGAAGCUGAACUGGAGGGGUUUGAUGCAGCUAUUCGGGCAGCUGAGACCGAAACCGAAGCUGCUUCGGAGUAUGUUCAGCAAGCCAAGCAGAGAGUCGACGAUGCAGAGGCGGAGAAAGAGGAAAUCAAGUCCAAAUGGGAGACAAAAAUGAGUGAACGACAUGACCUUCAGGCUGAGCAACGUAAGAUAAGGGAAUAUCUCAAGGCAGCAGAAGCACGAAUCAGCGAAGCGCAACAGAAGAUCAGCGAGGAAAAUCAGCGGUUGGCUGAACUUCAUGGGGGAAGUUAUACUCGGAAACAAGAACAACUAAAGGAGGUUCAAAACGAGGCUGCCCGGCUUCGAGAACAGCUUGAGGAGCACCAAGGCGAACAUGGUCGCCUCGUUCGAGAGCUUGACGAAGCCAACAAGGCGGUUGAUAUGGCAUCUACGCCAAUCAGCAAAGCCAGAGCAGAUGUGGAGCAGGCUGAAGCUCGUUUGAAGAGUCUCAACGAAGAAGGCGGGGUUAGAAACUCGGGGUUCCAUGAGAAAAUGCCCUCACUUCUCAGGGCAGUUCACCAGGAACGAGCAUUCAACAAACAGCCCGUUGGACCCAUUGGGUACCAUGUGAGUCUGUUAAAGCCCGAAUGGUCAUCAAUACUCGAGAACUCUCUUGGCGCAACGUUAAACAGUUUCAUUGUCACUUCGAAAAGAGACAUGAAUCUGCUUUCGAGGAUCAUGCAAAGGGUCAAUUGCGUGUGUCCGAUAUUGAUAGGGAGCGACGGGGCUUUUGAUAUUUCGGGACACGAGCCAGACCCUCACUUUGACACUGCAUUACGAAUCCUCCAAAUCGACAAUGAGCUAGUCCGCCGUCAACUGAUCAUCGCCCAUGGUAUAGAACAGAUGUUGUUGAUUGAAAGACUGGAAGACGCAUCCGCUGUUCUGUUCGAUGGACAAAGGCCCAAGAAUGUGAAGCGCUGUUAUUGUAUUGAUCGAGCAGACAGACGGCGCGGCAUUCAUCUCUCUUACAGUAGCACUGGCGAGCCAAGUCAAGCUCCUGUAUCGGCGUACAACGGAAACCCGCGGAUGAAGUCCGACCUAGCUUCCCAAAUUAGAAUUCAGCGCGGCGUGGUGUCAGAUUUGAGACGCGAUCUGAAUAAUCUGGAGCAGCAACUCCGCCUUUCUCGGUCACAAUCAGAGAUUUGCAAGCAAGCUCGCACAAGACACGAAAGAAAAACGAACGACCUACGCAUUUCUAUCCAACAAAAGGAGGAUCUUGUCGAAGAACUUUCAGCUGCACUUGAGAAAGAAUCCGCAGAAGAUGGACAUCUUGAUGUGCUACGGACCACUCUUGAAGAGGCCGAGGAAGAGAAACGUCUUAACUCGGGAUCGCUACAGGAUAGCAUCAGUGCUAUGGAUGCAAUGAUGAAAGAGUUAAAAGCAACAAAACAACAGCUCGCUGCCAAAGAUGCCCAAAUUUCGGCUUUAGCGGAACAACUCCGGGUUGCUCGGAGCGAGGAACUCCUAGGCACAGAGAAGCGCCGGAGCAUCAUCAGCGAUAAGAAUGUUGCCCUUGAUCGAAUUCAAGAUUUGAAGCGAGCAAGCGAAAAGAUCUGUCAAGAACAAGAAGAGGCUGCUGCCCGCAUCCUUGAUUACAGUGAGAAGGCUAGUCUCGUGUCACCACGAGUAGUGAUCCCCGAAGGUGAAACACCUUCCAGUUUGGACAGAAAGCUGGAGAAGCUUCAUAAUGAUGAACAGCGCUACAAUCAGCAGUUAGGAGCAUCUCGUGAUGCAAUUGCCUCUGAGGCAGAGAGAACGACCGCUGACCACGAGCGAGCAUUAAGACAAGUACGAGAGUUCAAACUGCUUGCAGAUGUUCUUAAAGCAACUCUCGAGUACCGUCAAAAACGUUGGAAAAUCUUCAGGUCACAUAUUUCGUCCCGAGCUAAAGCUCAAUUCACAUACCUUUUGAGUGAAAGGAGCUUUCGAGGUCGACUCUUAACCGACCAUGAAAACAAACUACUUGAUCUACAGGUCUGUGUUGCUUUUAUUGGUCUCGAUGCCACCAUUGUCAUAAAUAGCUAACGACGCAUUAUAGGUCGAGCCCGAUAUUACGAAAGACAGCACUGGUCGUGGUGCCAAAACUCUCUCUGGUGGUGAGAAAUCGUUCUCCCAAGUUUGCCUACUCUUGGCACUUUGGGAGGCUAUGGGAUCUCCAAUCCGCUGUUUAGAUGAAUUGUAAGCCGGAAGAAAAUCCCACGACAGACAACGCUAACCUGCCAAUUUACAGUGAUGUGUAUAUGGAUCACAUCAAUAGAAAAAUGGCCAUUGACAUGCUUGUAAGGGGAACACCUUGUCCCAGACCUAGCGUGAUUCGCUGAACUGAUUCUCUACAGAUGCUCGCUGCGAGGCGGUCAAUUGGACGGCAGUUUAUUCUAAUCACGCCAGGCUCAAGAGCUGAAAUCAGUUUAGCACCUGACGUUCGAGUAAAAGAGUUGGCUGAACCCGAGCGAGGGCAGACCAGGUUGUCCUUUCGGCCUUGAUCGAGAAGUAUACAGGCUCCGUGCCUCCUUCAACCCCAGGUCUUCCCUCUGAUGCAAGGCAGGGCGUUUGUAUUUUGUGGGCACAAACAGAUCUGCAGAAUAUUCCAUGGUUGAUGUAGAAAUUAAUUCUAGAACAUACGCUUUUGAGCCUCCCCAGGUAACAUUUCUAUCCUGCCCUGGUACCUAUUACAGGACCUGAGGUUACCUACCUUUGGGUAAGGUAGAUACCUAUGCCGUCCAUGCAUGCCACAUGCAUUGCAUUGAUAGGUAAAUUUCAUACAUACUAGCCCUUCUACCCUAGGUACCUAAGGUAUGUAAGUAUCGAGUCCGAAAAAUAUCUUACAAAUGCAUUAUGGUACGUAUUGUUCUGAAACUUACAUGUACUGUAUAUAACCCUACCUUACCGACCACAUUACA